AUGGGUCACGACGUACGAAAGCUUAAACGAGACAACUCAGGUCCACACCAGUCCCCGAAGAGUGAGAUUCAAAUCCUCCCCUUGAUAUUCUAUGCCCCACCGCGUCUCCAAAAAAAGGCUAACAAGGACAAAGUGGCGGAUGAGCACCCAAUUCCCGUGCCAAGUCACGCGGAUCUUGAGCCGCUGACAGAGCUCCACCUACGAGCAACUCGACGGGUUAACGCCUACGGAGGUAUUGUGAACGAGGUAGCACAACUAUUGCAAGGUGCUCAGCUUGCUAUGGACCAAGAGCUGGGUCUACCCCAGCCACAUAUUGCGAAUAUCCUCCGAAAUAUCGAAAUAAGGAUGCAACUCCUCGUGGAUGAGAUGCUCGCCUUAUGCAACGCAGAGAUAGUUGAUCGUGCGCUCGAACGGGAUAUCUGGAGCCAGAUUGGCUAA